CAUCAGCAUCAACAUCAUCACACACCUUUUUCCUAUCGCCUUCUCCUUCACCUUCACCACCUUCACCACCAUCACCACAAUUAUCAGUAUUAUUAUCAGCAGCAUCAGUUUCAUCACAACCAUCAUUAUCAUUAUCAAGGACAUUAAUAUCGCCUAUAUCAUCAUACUUGACAACAUCGUCACCAUCAUCACAUACGUCAUUACCACUGUCACCGGUGUCUUCUGUGAGCGCGACUGGAGAUACGAUGGAAAACGACAAGAAUGUGAUGGCUUCCUCGAUACGUUGGUCAACCUCCAACAAAAAGAACUGGCCUGUUAGAACCUCUCGUGUUUCUGUUGUGGAGAUGUUGACAAGCAAAACCAAGACAGUACCGUUGCCUUCUACGAGUGUGAUUGCAGAUACGAUGGGAAGUGACAAGAAUGCGGCUUCCCCGAUAAGUUCGUCAAUCUCCACCAAAAAGAACUGGCCUGUUAGAACCUCUCGUGUUUCUGUUGUGGAAAUGUUGACAAACAGCACCAAGACAGUGCCGUUGACUUCUGCGAGUUUGAGAGAUACGAUGGGAAGUGACAAGAAUGCGGCUUCCCCGAUAAGUUCAACAACCUCCGCCGGUCAAAGCUGGCCCGCUAGUACUCCUGGUGUUCCUGUUGUGGUAGUGUUGACAAGCAGCAUCAAAAAAGUGCCAGUAUCUUCUGCCAGUGUAAUUGCAGACACAAUGGGAAGCGAAAAUAAUAUUGAUUCCUUUAUUGAAAACAUUACCAAUCUUGAUUUUAAGGACAUCUCAUCUUUGAACAAAUCUUUGGCCAUGAUGGAAAUCCUUCUUACGUCAAUGAAACCAACAGACUACAGCACCAAUCACAAUCCUCUGACUGCAAGCAAAGUUUUAGAAGAGUUUGCACUUCGUUACAUCGACUACCAUUGGAAUGGUGCGGCAUUUUAUUACAACCAAAGAAAUAUAGUUUUGCAGGGUGAAAAGUGUUACCCAGGAAACGACAGUUACAAAUUCGGAGUAUCAGGAAGUGAUGGCGAGGAAAGCACAAUAAUUCUACCAAAAGAAAACUUUGUCACCAACGGCACGCUGAUCUUGAGUAUUGCGUUCAAACGAAUGCAUUACUUGAUGGAAGGCCAAAGUUACAAGCUACAAAAUGAUAGGUACGAACUAAAAUCCAGGAUUAUAUCUACAAGCAUAAAGCCAAAACGACAGAAUCUUAAAAUCAAUGCUACAAUGGUCUUCAAGAUUUCCCCGCAGUCUGCUGCCGAUUCUGAAUCUAAAAAGGAGUGCGUCUUUUGGCGUUUUUCUACGACACGUGAAAAGGACGCAGGAUGGUCACGUGAUGGCUGCAUUGUUACUAGCACUACAGGAGAACACGUAGAGUGUUCAUGUAAUCACCUGACACACUUUGCUGUACUCAUGAGAACCGACAAUAAGAAGCUUUCUCGCAAUGAGGAUGCCAUCCUUACGACCCUGACUAAAUUUGGUCUUGGUUUGUCCAUUGUUGGGUGUGUAAUUACGUUUCUUUCUUAUUGGUUUUUUACGGAAGCAAAAUCAGAGCAGUCACAAAUCCGCAUGAAUCUGGUGUUCGUCUUGGCUGUGGCUCAUAUUCUAUUCCUACUUGGCUCUGCUGCAAGAUUCCAUUUGGUUGUUUGCGUCUCGGUUGCUGUGUUGCUGCAGUUGUUCUACACGUCUGCCUUGUGCUGGAUGUUUGCUGAAGGAAUACAACUAUACAUGCAGGUUAUCAAGGUGUUUAAUACCAACCUUAAAAUGAGACAGGUUUAUGGCUUUGCUUGGGGUUUCCCUUUACUUCUCAUCACAGUUUCACUAAGCAUCGCAGGCAAUGGUUCUGGUGGUCUGUCAAGCUUCGUUAAUGAUGAUUUCUGCUGGCUAUCCGUUGACAACCACUUGAUUUGGACGUUUAUUGCACCGGUGAUUCUCCUCAUACUGAGUAAUUUGAUUGUUCUUGGAAUGGUCGUCAAAGAAAUGAAUAGAAUAAACCAGCCAAUCGGAGAUCAACACGGAAAGAUAUCACUCAGGUCCAGUAUCAAAGCACUGAUUGUAUUAGCUCCUUUACUUGGAGUCACGUGGCUAAUGGGACUGCUAUGUAUCCUGGGAGCAGACGUUAUUGGCUUGUACAUUUUUACCAUUCUCAACUCAACCCAGGGAUUCUUAAUUUUUGUGUUUCAUUGCUGGAGAAAUUCCGAGAUUCAAGGGAAAUUUCGACGCAAGGUCCAAGCGCUUGAAGAAAACCGCCCUAGACAAGACAAUAUAUUUCAUGUUUAUAAUUACAGACACAGAGGACACGUAAAGAAAGAAGCCUUCACAAAAAUUCCAACGAUAUCAAAAAGACCUAAAGCAAGAAAACAAUCACCGGGAGGGCUGACUAUUUCGGAUUUUGACCCUUCGGAUUUUGUGGAGUUUAAUGCAAGCACUAAAUUGUGAUUCUAAUUUGAAUUGCUUUCUUUAUUUGCUCAACGAUGUGGCUUUACAAAAGCCACAUCGCGCUCUGGUUGAUGUAAGAAACAACCUUUGUGCUGAUCGAAGCCAGGGCACAGCUAACUCACAGAUCGAACCCUGGAACAACCUCUGGUCUGAUCUUAAUGCCAGAGCACGGCUAACUCACAGAUGGAACCCUGAAACAACCUCUAGAGUGAUCCAAGUCAGGGCACGGCUAACUCACAGAUCAAACCCUGAAACAACAUCUGCGGGCAGAUCUAACUAAGUCAGGGUACUUGCUCUUAAGCGAGUUAUGUUAUUUAUCUAAAGAAAUCCCUGCGAAACCAGUAAAAAAAGUUGUAGUACAUAAAGUUUUGAGGAAAAAAACCUGAACCUCCUUUUAUGAUUAUUUUUCAUUUAAUUCAUUUUAUUUGUAUAGCAAAAUAAACACAAAUUCAGUCGUUUAAACUCCAAAAAACCCUAAACAA